CUUGCGUCUCUCCAGCAGGGGGAUACGGAGGAUGGGAACUGGUGAUGUCAGAUGUCAUUAGCAUAUUUCUGACUAUAACUAAUGCUUGCGCAAAGACGCGCCACUACUGCUGCAACGCACUGACCAGAAACGUUCCAGCCGCCAGCCGACACUUUUGAUCUGCAACCAUGAGCGACAAGCCUGAUGUUUCAGAAGUGACCAGCUUCGACAAGACCAAGCUGAAGAAGACAGAGACGCAGGAAAAGAAUUCCCUGCCGACAAAAGAAACCAUCGAACAGGAGAAGGCAGAAACGUCAUGAAGCCCCUCCCUCCCGUCAUGCACUGUACACCCCCUCCUCCUCCUGCAUUGCCUUGUUUUCAGUCACUUCUUUUAGCUGUAUAACCUUGUAACCGAAAUUAUGACACAACGACGAUAACCACGCUGCACAGCCUGCAGACGGAUGAUGCCUUCGUCAGGGCGGUCAGCCCCGUCCCCCGUCCCCCGUCCCCCCCCUCCUCACACCCGCCCACCCGCAACAACCUCAACCACCUUCAGGCUCGUCUUCCUGUUGAGAGAUGAGGAUGAUUUGUCUGAGGCGGAGGGUGGAGGGGGGAAUCUGCAAGAGGGUCUUCUUGUCCCACACCACCUGAAGCACCACCAACGUUGACGUGCAGCAGAGGAACGUCAGGAACGAGGGCGUGGCCUGCGUCCCAGGAAGCUCAUCAUUGUCUCAUCACCGACACCCAACUUCCUGUGUGGCUGCUUUUGCGCCAAAGCUGAGGCGUCAAGCUUUUUUUUUGGUUUUUUUUUGGGUUUGAUUUUUCGUGUUCUAAUUUUCGGAAAUGCACAACUUUGUUUGUACGCUGGCCAAAAUGUAAAUGCCCCAAAAAUUGAUACUGUUGUCUGUCACGGUGUUUUUUUUUCUUUUGUAUGUACACAAGGAUCAAAAAAAAAGUGUAACGGAUUCCAAUUAGAUCUGGGAGAUGCUCAAAUGGACCUGAUUUGCGGUUAAAUUGUAACACCCUUUUGUCAGAGUGAUUCUGGAUAGCUUUUGUGUUGCAAUCUGUCUUUGAAUUGUCUGAAAUGAGGAAAAGGAGGAAAACAAUAUUACCAGUGAUUGAUUCCAUGUGUUUGCUUUCGACCGUAGAUCAAAAUUCUUCGAUUUCUUUGGAGUUCCAGCAGUCAUGUUACUCUGCCACAAACCAUUACCAGAAAUGGAAAAACCGUGAAAUGUUGUAAUAAAAAAGAAUUUGUUACUAAA